AAUAUGUUGGUUCAUCUCUGUCUUAUCUGGAGGUUGGCUCAUUUUGCUGUGGCGCAGGAUGUGACCCAACAGGCUAUAGAUUUUUUGACACAAUUUAAUGCCCGUGCAGAGGACCUAUCUUAUGAAAAUUCACUUGCUUCAUGGAAUUAUAACACCAACAUCACGGAUGAGAAUGCCAAAAAGAUGAAUGAAGUGGGCCUCAGAUGGUCACAGUUCUAUGAAGAAGCCUCCAGAAAUGCCAGUAACUUCAAUGUGGAUAGCUUUUCUAAUUACACUAUCAAACUCCAGCUUCAGUCUCUGCAGUACAAAGGAUCAUCUGUAUUGCCCCAAGAAAAAUACAACCAGCUGAAUGUUAUUUUAAGUACAAUGAGUACCAUCUACAGUACUGGGACUGUGUGCAAGCCAGCUGACCGUUUUACCUGUUUGCCCCUGGAACCAGGCUUGGAUGCUACAAUGGCUGGCAGCACUGAUUACUCAGAAAGGCUAUGGGCUUGGCAAGGCUGGAGAGCUGAUGUUGGGAAGAAAAUGAGGCCUUUAUAUGAAGGUUACGUUGAACUGAAGAAUGAGGUUGCAAGAGAGAAUGGUUAUUCUGACUAUGGAGAUUACUGGAGAGGAAAUUAUGAAAUAAAUUUUCCAGCAGAUUAUAAAUACAGUAGUAACCAGCUGAUUACUGAUGUGGAGCGCACAUUUCAGCAAAUAAAACCUUUGUAUAAGCAACUGCAUGCCUAUGUGAGGCACAAUCUACAGAGGACCUAUGGCCCACAGCGCAUUUACUCAAAGGGAUGUCUUCCUGCUCAUUUACUUGGUGACAUGUGGGGCAGAUUUUGGACAAAUUUAUACCCCUUAAUGGUGCCCUAUCCAGAUAAACCAAACAUCGAUGUAUCUUCUGCCAUGGUAGAAAAGAACUGGAAUGUAAUAACCACAUUUAAAUCUGCUGAAACAUUUUUUGCUUCAAUUGGACUCUAUGAAAUGACUGAAGGCUUCUGGAACAAUUCUAUGCUUGUGGAACCUAAUGACGGCAGGAAAGUUGUCUGUCACCCCACAGCUUGGGAUAUGGGGGAAAAAGACUACAGGAUCAAGAUGUGCACAAAAGUGGCUAUGGACGACUUCCUGACAGUGCACCAUGAGAUGGGCCACAUUGAAUAUGAUAUGGCCUACUCCAACCUGUCGUAUUUGCUUAGAAGUGGUGCCAACGAAGGUUUCCAUGAAGCUGUAGGAGAGAUCAUGUCACUUUCUGCAGCCACCCCCAGACAUUUGAAAUCCCUCGGCCUUCUGGACUCUACCUUUCAGGAAGACUACGAAACGGAUAUCAAUUUCCUGCUGAAACAAGCCCUCACUAUUGUUGGAACAAUGCCUUUCACUUACAUGCUAGAGAAAUGGCGGUGGAUGGUGUUUUCUGGCGAAAUCCCCAAAGAACAAUGGAUGAAGAAAUGGUGGGAGAUGAAGCGAGCGAUAGUAGGUGUUGUAGAACCAUUGCCUCACGAUGAGGAAUACUGUGAUCCCGCAGCUCUCUUCCAUGUAGCUAAUGAUUACUCUUUUAUAAGAUAUUACACAAGAACAAUGUAUCAGUUCCAGUUUCAAGAGGCACUUUGCAAAGCUGCUAACCACACAGAUGAGCUUUACAAAUGCGACAUUACUAAUUCCACAGCAGCUGGACACCAACUGCGGGACAUGCUUGCCUUAGGGAGAUCACGGCCCUGGACUGAGGCAUUAGAAAGUGUGACAGGAGAGAAGACAAUGAAUGCAAUGCCAUUGCUUCACUACUUUCAGCCUUUGCUUUUGUGGCUGCAAAACAACAACACCGGCAGACAGAUUGGCUGGGAUACAGCCUGGACUCCAUAUUCUGACAAUGCAAUUAAAGUGAGGAUCAGCCUGAAAACAGCACUCGGAAGCAAUUCAUACAAAUGGGAUAACAAUGAAAUGUAUUUAUUCAAGUCAACCAUCGCCUAUGCCAUGAGGAAGUACUUUUUGCAGGUCAAGAAUGAAACAGUAGCUUUUCGAUCAACUGAUAUCCAUGUAAGUGAUGAGACAGCAAGGAUCUCUUUCAUUUUUACUGUCAGCAUGCCUGAUAAUGUCACGGAUUUGGUUCCCUUAUCUGAAGUGGAAGAUGCAAUCAGGAUGUCUCGAGGACGCAUCAAUGAAGCUUUCAAACUGAAUGACCAAACUCUGGAAUUUGUUGGUGUUCCUCCGACAUUGGCACCACCUUAUGAAUCCCCAGUCACUGUGUGGCUUAUAGUGUUUGGAGUAAUAAUUGGUCUUGUAGUGGUUGGAGCCAUUGUGUUGAUCAUCACAGGGCAGAGAGACCGAAUAAAGAAAAGAAGAGCAGCAGCAGAUGAAUUAGUCCAAACUGCUACAGUCAAUCCAUAUGUAGACAGUGGAGAAAACAACCCAACAUUUCUGUAUGAUGAAGAUAUCUCAACAACAUUCUAAAGACAAACAAAAAAACCCCAUUGAUGUCUCUUAUUUAUCAUUGUGUGCCAGUGGCAAUGAUAUGACACAGGAAUCAUAUUAAUUCAGAAGAUGUUAAAACUAAAGUCUCUGUGCAUACAGGAGUAGAUGGCCAGAGAAUGGCAGUAUACAGGCAUCUGGGCACCUACUGCAGAAUUCAUGGUGUUAAUUUGUAGUCAGAACAAUCACCAGUUUUUAGCAAAGAAGUCAUGAACCAAAGACCCACCCUUCUAUGCCCAACGGACAAGUGAAGGAUUCAAUCCCCUCCAUCCUCCAAAUAAGCAAUAGGCAUCAUCAAAGUUUAUAACAGCCAUCAAUUUAGCACUGCACAUGUUGUUCCUGCUCCAAGAAAAUCCAGCUGCAGAAACAAUGCAGUACAGGAUUUCUGAUUCAGCAGAGCAUGCACUAGGGGUGUGCAUAGCCCUCCUGAUCUUCCCCAUGGCCUCAGUUUUUCUCAAGGAGGGCCAAUCUGUCCAGUCCCGAAGAUGGGACAUCCAUCCUGGCCCAGAUCCAUCCCUGAAGUUAUUUGGGGGCAGGGCAAAGAGGUUUUUAAAAUUAAAAAUAUGGUUGGAGAGGAAGGAGAUGCUACGUCUCCUUCUACCACCCCCACCAACAGCAGGCAGGUACAACCAGCACCGUGCAAGAACUGCUUUGUGCCUGGUGCGAGGUGGUGUGUGGUCCCCAGAGUAAUGGGAGGGAGAUUCAUCCUCCCGCCUGUGCUUGCUCUCAUGGGAUUGCUAGCAAUCUUGGGUGAUCCUGCGAGAGCCUGAGCGGGUGGAGUCAAGGCCAGGCCUGCCAAUGCCAGCCUCUUCUUUCACACACCAGCUUUGAAGGGAGGGCAUCAUUGAAGCCAACUGUCAAAGAGCCACGUAAGAGGUUGGUAUCAGUUAGGGGGCUCCCCAGUUGCCACUCUGCACCUUCCAAUCUACAGAGGCUGGUGCCUGGCAUUGGAUGUUGCCGUUCGCAUCCCCACACCCCACCCCAAUAGACCCGGAUCCCUUAGGAAUGCCGUACCUAACCCGCAGCAAUCUGGGACUAUCUGAACCUGACUCAGCCGAGGCUCAAAAGCCUCCAAAGAGGUCUGAUUCAGCUCAGGGCUCAAGCUUUGGCCAAAUACAGAGCACAGCCCUAGCGUGCACACACUACAAUCCUAUAUUCCCACAGCCAUACUCCCAGAUGGUUCUCUAAUUAGACAUCCUGUCUCUUCAAAUAUCUUUUGGAGAAAACACAGUUGUGGGUUGCCCACUUUAGAUCAGAACAGUGGCACUGGCCUAUGCUGUUUUCCCGAUAAUCUCCCCACUCCUCACCCCACGCUGCUAUUUGCCUCAUUAAGGAACACUCCUGGAUAUGGGUGCCACUUACAAAAAUGCUAACAAUGAAAAUGUCUUGAAAUAUUUUGAACAACCUGCCAUUCAUUCAUAUACAUUUAAUUUAUAUCUCUAUUCUAGUCUUGUUUUCAACAGUCUUCACCAAUUUUUUGUAUAUGAACCAGAAACUGAUGUUUACAAGAAAAAAAAAUCCUUUUGUUGUUGCAAAUGAUCAUUCUAUGUAACACAUUCAAGUGGACAGCAAGCCCGAAAUGCCCUUUAAUAAUGAAAAGCAAACAGACCUAAGGUCAAUGGAUUUAGCUGUACAUAAACUUUGAAACACUUCUGAUGACUCUUUUUUUAAAUUUACCAAUUAUAAGAAUUGUACUUUUAUUCUGAUAUCCACAGCUGCAGAUAUUUGGGUGUUUAAAAAACCCCCAAAGGUAAGGGUUUUUAAAAAAUCCAAAUAAUUCCUUUUUUUUAAAACAUAAUGUUUAUAAAAGAACACCUAUCAGGAUGUUUCAAGGACUAUUGAGAUAACAAUUUCAAAAUUGUAUAGAGUAGGAGUAAUACAGUCAUCAGCAGUAGUUUGAUAUUAAAAGUUAUUAAAUGAAUACUACUGCCUUAUGCAGGCUACAUUUUACCUCCUGAUAAAAUCCUCUGCAGCCUUUGGUACUGAUAACCAUGAUAACCAUGU